AUGUCUAAAUCGCUUUGCAUCUUCCUCUUCCUGACCUUGUUCGCAAAUGCAACAUUCUCAUUAUCCUUCGACAUGUCUCCCAUCACAAAAUCGGAUGGCGGCCACCUCAACCUCACCGGGGACACCUACAUUACCGAGGAAGGCAUCCAAGUCACAACUAACGAGCGCGACCAAACCCGGGGUGGUCGAGUUGGCCGCGCCACGUACUCCGAGCUCCUGCAUUUGUGGGACAAAGCCUCGCAACAAAUGGCCGAUUUCUCCACCCACUUCUCCUUUGUCAUAGAUUCUUCUGGCAGCUACAACUUUGGCGACGACCUUGCCUUCUUUCUGGCUCCCUAUGGCUCCACCAUCAAGCCAUGGGAAAGCGGUAGCGGCCUCGGCCUCGGCCUCGACAACGCCACUUCUCUCUCGGUGUUGGACACCUUCGUCGCGGUGCAGUUCGACACGUACCCCAAUCCUGUCAUCGACCCGCCUUAUGACGGCCGUUUCUUCAUCCCGCACGUGGGAAUCGAUAUCGGUACUGAUACAAAGACAUGGUACUGA